UGAAUUGAUUGUUAAAUCAUUUUCAACGAACCAACGUGAGGAGCUUAAUAUUCAUUUUGCUGUAGCUAAUCUGUGUAAUUGAAGUUAACAUAAAAAACAACGCCAUUAACUAGCGCUGAAACUAUAUCUUAUUUCGAAAUAUAUUGCAAAAUACGAGAUGAACGCCGAGAUAAAAGCCAAAGUGGAAGCAUGCUGUCGCACAGCGGAAGAUUUUACGCGAUUGUACUACGCUUCCUUCGAUAAUCGCCGACAUCAAAUGGGUCGACUAUACAUAGACACGGCCACGUUUAGCUGGAACGGCAAUGGAGCUCAGGGCCGCGAGACGAUCGAGCGUUAUUUCCUGGAGCUGCCCUCGUCGCGUCAUCAGCUGACCACGCUCGACUCGCAGCCAAUUCUAGAUCCAGCUGUCGGCGGCCAGACGACGUACAUAAUACUGGCCAGCGGCACAGUUAAAUAUGCCGAACAAUCCAUGCGCACGUUUCAGCAAUCAUUUGUAAUUACCGCCGAGAAUGAUAAAUGGAAAAUUGCCUCCGAUUGUUAUCGACUGCAGGAGCCGCUUAAUUAGUUAGUAAAUUACAGUUACAUUGUUACAGUAGAGACUAAGAAUGAACAAGAGCAAGUGGAGCCAGGGCAGUUUGAUGAGUUGGAAGGGCUUGUCAGCUGUCCAGAAGGCAAACAGCCUUUAAAUCUAGUAAAUAAAUUUAAAUAUAAAAUGUAAACUUUAAGUAAAUAAAUAUAUAUUUUUAUACAUA